UGCCACGCGUUGGACUUGCCUUUCGCGACCAUCACGCAACCCAUCUUUCCCCCCCCGUGUCGCACGCUCACCUCUUUCCAUUUCUUAAGCACCAACCUCAUAUAAAUCCUCCCGCAUUUACAAGACGUCCAACAACAAUGGCUGGCUCGCGUCGCUCCACUCCCCGACGUGCUCGCUCCUCGUCGGUGGCUUCCAACGUCUCGACGGCGUCGGCCAAGCAGGAGAACACGACGCCGCGCAAGAAGGCUGCCUCGAAGCGCGAGGCUAGCGCGUCGGCGCGCGCCACGCCCACGCCCAAGGACAAGGACGCCGGUGCUGCUGACGUCGAGACGACGCCCUCGGCCGCGUCCAAGAAGGAGAACGGCCUUCGCGCGGCCCAGGCAAAGGCCCUCGCUGCAAGGCCACCCCUGCCCGAGCGCCGCAACCCGGUACUGCCAGAUGCCGACGUGCCGGUCAAGGUCCAGGUGAUCCGGCGCGAUGGCCAGAACAUCAUCAUUGGACGCGUCAAGCUGCCCACUGUCAAUGGCACCGACCACUCGUUCCUGCUCAAGCGCUUCGACACCAAUGCGCUCGCCGCGUCGUCGAUGUACCGCCUUGCGUUUCCCUAUGCCGAUGGCGAGGCCGAGCGGGGCGAGAUGGAGUACCUGGAGAAGCGCUACGAUGCCGAGAUGGCAAACGGCGGUCUCGAGCCUGCCCGCAGGCGGCCGCGCGGACGCCCGUCGAAAAAGGCAGCGCAGGAGCACGACGAGGCGGCCAUGGCCGAGCGGAAGCUGCCCCCCGGCAGCACCGGUGUGCGCCUCCAGGGCACCUGGAUCCCCAGCGCAGACGCCCUCGAGGUCGCCAAGGAGUACGGCCUGACGAGGUACGCACAGCCCCUCAUCGAGGCCAAGGCCGAGUACUCGGACGACAACGGCGGCCCCGUCCUGACGCCGUCCAAGAACGACAAGGUCAGCACGCCCUCGCGCUCGACGAAGCGCCAGAGAAGGAUCGAUGAGCAGGAGGUCGGCCUCGAUGGCGAGAGCCCCUCGGUGACGCGUACGCGCACGACGAGGACCACGCAGCCCGACGGGUCUGAGCGCAUCGAGAUCGAGCAGACGGAGACGAGCAUCGAGUCUUCCAAGGGUCUCACCGAGGCCCAGAUCCAGGCUGAGCUGCAGGCGUCCAAGGCCCUCGCCCAGGGACUUCGCCAGUCCGCCGACAGCUCCUCGACCACCCGCGGAACCAAGCGUCGCGCAGCCAACCAGGCCCCAAGUGCCAACAUCGACGUCCUAGCCGAUGACGACGAGGACACGAACAAUGCAGUUGUCAGAUCCAUCAGGAGCGGCGCCCGGGCCGCCAGGCGGAGACCAGUGGCCACGGCCACGGGCGCACUGGGUGCUGCCGGCGCCGUGGGCGUCGGUGCCCUUGCCUGGAUCUCGGGCGGCAACCUGGACAUGGCCGUGUCUCUCGUCCAGCAGGGUCUCCAAAACGCCGGAUCAUGGUUCAGCUUCUAGAGGCCACCAUCUUCCUAAAAUUCAAACACAACAGGACUUCUGUCGUCAAGGUUCAACAAGUGAGGGGAUCGGGCUCUAUUCGUCCUCUCGUUUUACUUUCUGUUUUAUUCUUCUUUCUGGCCUUCAGUCUUACACGCUCUUUUCUUUCUCUGUUGUGUUUCUCGUUUUUUCCUCUUGUCGUCGAGAGCGGCUAUGUAAUUGAUAUCCAUCGACUUCCUCUUCUUCGCCGUCGUGACAGCAAGCGGCUUGCGACGGGGCGCUCUCUCUCUCUCUCU